GACAUUCACCGCCUGCAUGGAAAAGCAAAAGGCGUAGGAAAUAGAGAGAGAGACGCGUUAUCCCUUUGGAAACACAGCAACCACUUCCACGCCUCCUUCCUUCCUACCUUCUUCUCACACAACCAAACCCUACCCAACGCCAACACUAACACUUUCCUCUCAUCGAUCCCCUUCCGCUCUUCACUUUCUCAUUUUCCAAUUCUCAAUGCGUUAAUCGAUUAUCGGUUUUAUGCAGCUAGCGUGUAGUCAAUAUAGAAGAGAUGGAUAAAGUGUCUGCUCCUUCAUCACGGGAGCGUGCACAACGCCUUUAUGAGAAGAACAUUGAAUUGGAGAAUAAGCGUCGGAGAUCAGCUCAGGCGCAGGUCCCAUCAGAUCCAAAUGCUUGGCAGCAGAUUCGUGAGAAUUAUGAAGCAAUAAUCCUUGAGGAUCAUGCCUUUUCUGAGCAGCUUAAUAUUGAGUAUUCUCUGUGGCAAGUUCAUUAUAAGCGGAUUGAGGAAUUGAGGGCAUACUUGAAUGCUGCUCUUACUUCUGUAAGCUCAAAAUCAUCUCAGGGAGGGAAAGGUCCUGUUCGACCUGACCGGAUAACAAAAAUAAGGCUGCAGUUCAAGACUUUCCUUUCAGAAGCAACUGGAUUUUACCAUGAUCUUAUUAUGAAAAUCAGAGCAAAAUAUGGGCUUCCCCUUGGUUACUUCGAGGACUCGGAGAAUAAAAUUGUCAUGGAGAAAGAUGGAAAGAAAUCUUCUGAAAUGAAGAAAGGUUUAAUAUCUUGUCAUCGAUGUUUGAUAUACUUGGGUGAUCUUGCUCGCUACAAAGGCUUAUAUGGGGAAGGUGACUCAAUAAAACGUGAGUUUGCAGCAGCUUCUAGUUACUAUUUACAAGCUGCAUCUAUUUGGCCUUCAGGUGGAAAUCCCCAUCACCAGCUUGCUUUAUUGGCUUCAUAUUCUGGGGAUGAGUUGGCAGCUAUUUAUCGUUAUUUUCGGAGUUUAGCUGUGGAUAGCCCAUUUACAACAGCUAGAGAUAAUUUGGUAGUUGCAUUUGAGAAGAAUCGUCAAAGUUACGCUCAGCUUUCUGGUGACAUUAAAGCUCUCACAGUCAAUGGGAGAGGAAAAGGGGAUUCAAAACUUGAUACCAGGGACACUGGUGUGGAAACUGGCCCUAGAAGUGAAGGAGCAUCCAAUCUACGGGACACUUACAAAUCCUUUUGCACCCGCCUUGUCCGUCUAAAUGGAAUCUUAUUCACUCGCACAAGCCUUGAGACCUUCACUGAAGUUCUCUCUUUUGUUAGCACUGGCCUGCAUGAGCUUCUAUCAUCAGGGCAAGAUGAAGAGCUGAAUUUUGGAACAGAUACACUUGAGAAUAGACUUGUCAUUGUUAGAUUUGUUUCCAUCAUCAUAUUUACAGUUCAUAAUGUGAGUAAGGAAUCUGAAGGUCAAACUUAUGCAGAAAUUGUGCAGCGUGCUGUUCUACUUCAGAAUGCAUUCACUGCAGCUUUUGAAUUGAUGAGUUUAGUAGUAGAGAGAUGUAUGCAGCUGUGGGAUCCUUCUUGUAGUUAUCUCUUACCAGGCAUUUUGGUUUUUGUUGAGUGGUUGGCAUGUUAUCCAGAUCUUGCUGCAGGCAAUGACGUGGAUGAGAAUCAGGCAACUGUUAGAUCAAAAUUUUGGAAUCAUUGUAUAUCCUUCUUGAACAAGCUACUUUCAGUUUGGCCCAUGUCUAUUGAAGAUGAUGAAGAGGAAACUUGCUUUACUAAUAUGAGCAGGUAUGAAGAAGGGGAAACUGAAAACCGGCUUGCUUUGUGGGAGGAUUUUGAGUUAAGAGGAUUUGUUCCGCUUCUCCCUGCACAAACCAUCUUGGAUUUUUCAAGGAAGAAUUCCCUUGGAAGUGAUAGUGAAAAGGAAAGGAAAGCUCGUGUUAAAAGGAUUUUAGCUGCAGGGAAGGCUUUAGCAAAUGUUGUUAGAAUUGAUCAUAAAAUUAUAUAUUUUGAGUCAAGGGUAAAGAAAUUUGUAAUUUGUGUUCAGCCUCAAAUCUCAGAUGAUUUUGUUAUUCCCUCCCAUUCAGGUAUACCUAAUGCAGAAGAUUUAUUGAAAGACAAUACAAUAGUAGACAAUACAAAAGUGGGAAUUGGUCGUCCAGACCACCAUCAAUAUAUGGAAGGAGAGGAUGAUGAUGAGGUUAUUGUUUUCAAACCUAUAGUAGCUGAGAAACGAGAAGACAUGGUGGUUGCCUCAUCACGAGCUCCCCUUGAAAGCGUAGAAUCAGUUCCAACUGCUUCUGGUGGGGAUAUAAAAUUAAAUGUUAAUUCUGCUUCUAACACUCUCAAUGAUGCAAAUCAUCAAAUUUCUUUACCUGCAUCCAUUAGUGCUAUGGUGCCUCAAUACCAACAACCAGUUCAGCCACAUUCUUCUAGGUGGUUGGAGGAGGAAAUAUCUCUUGCUAACAGUUUGAAAGGUCUUAGAUUCAUGGAGAAUGGGCACGUGAUGAAAUCUAACAUACCAUUUCAAGAGGCUGUGGCAAUCUCUGACCGUGCUGCACUUGCAGUUCCUACCCAGCAAUCUGCAAGUGCUGGUACCAAUAUGUUUUAUACUCAUGAUCUUUCAAAAGCUGAAGACUUUGCAAUAUCAUCCAAAGUUGAUUCCAUUUCAUCAUCUACCUUGCAAGCUGGUUUGAAAAAAUCUCCAGUCAGCCGACCUUCUAGGCACCUUGGACCUCCUCCCGGCUUCAGUCAUGUUCCUUCUAAACAAGGUAUUGAACCUACUGUUUCAGAUUCCAUUAGUGGGAAUCUAAUUAUAGAUGAUUACAGUUGGUUGGAUGGAUAUCAAUUGCCUGCAUCAACCAAAGGUUUAGGCCCAAAUGGUCCUCUUACUUAUUCAAAUUCUCAGCAAGUUGGUAACAAUGGUUUGAGUGGGACAGUCAGUUUUCCCUUUCCUGGAAAACAAAUUCCAUCUACACUGCAGGUGGAAAAACAGAAUGGUUGGCAAGAUUAUCAGACUUAUGAGCUUUUAAAAGCACACCAUAAUCAGCAGUUGCAGUCACAGUUGCUCACAACUGGAAAUCAGCUGCCUGAGCAAUUUCAAGGACAGUCAAUCUGGACAGGUCAAUACUUUGUGUGAUGUCACUCGUCAGUAUGAGAAUAUUGCUGGUCCUUGAAGGAUUAUUACAAAUGUGCUGCAUCCCUUUGGUGCCCCGUCAAACUCCAAUUUUACUGCCUUGUCGUUAAAUGUUGUUGGGAGUUUAUCUGGCCUAGACAUGUUGCAGGAACUUGCUACUACAAAAGAAUUUGCUGAGCUCUCAAGUCCGGGUGAAUGAAGAUAAACAAGCAUCUUUAGGGUGGAUAGAGGAUAAUAAAUACAUUCCAAUCAUCUUGGAGCUUGUAUGUAUCUUCUUGGAUUGGUGGUAUGACUAUGGUUUGUUCAGUUCUCUAGUGGAAAUGUCAUAAUGGUGCGCCAUGCGCCUGUAAGAAUUGUUACCAUCAUCUAGCUGCCGGUGAUACAUGAUGUGAUACUUUUUUUUAACUUCCUCAGCUUCAAACUUGUUGGGAAGAUUGGUUGGUACGAAGUGCUGGUCUAAGUUGGAUACUGGGAUAUGAUAAUGACUUUGUGAAGCAUACUUGAGUAAGUACAAGUGUUUAGCGGUUGCAUCUUUGCUGAGGUUCUUAUGUGUUUAUAUAAGCAGUUAUAUACGGUUCACUUUCACCCUUUUGCCUAGUCGGGCUUUACUCGAACUUAUAAAUAAAUAAUCCCUGUUGGAUGGUGGAUUGUGGAUUUGUCUUGGUCUAGGAAAUAUAUCUAUCUAAAGUAUGGAUUUAAUUGUCUCUA